CUGAGAGUGUGUAUUUGGAUUCAUUCUAUGCUGCUGCUCCCUUCGACCUCCUUCGGACCUCCUUUGCAUUGCCCUGAAGCUGCCGUCAUUGUGUUGGAUCGCACACUCGUUUAGAAAAUCAUGUCGCAGAACUUAAGUAUUCUUGGAGAUCGGCAGACUGGCCAAGAUGUCCGCUCUCAGAAUGUUAUGGCUUGUCAAGCCAUCGCCAACAUUGUGAAAACUUCGUUAGGGCCAGUUGGUCUCGACAAGAUGCUUGUGGAUGAUAUCGGCGACGUUACUAUAACAAAUGAUGGAGCUACCAUUUUAAAAAUGCUUGAGGUGGAGCACCCCGCUGCUAAGGUGCUGGUGGAGCUAGCUGAACUGCAGGAUCGGGAAGUUGGAGACGGAACAACUUCGGUUGUUAUCAUUGCUGCAGAGCUUCUCAAGAGAGCAAAUGACUUAGUUAGGAUCAAGAUACAUCCCACUUCAAUCAUUAGUGGUUAUCGACUUGCCAUGCGUGAGGCGUGCAAAUAUAUCGAUGACAAGCUUGCUACAAAAGUCGAGAAGUUGGGGAAGGACACUUUGCUUAAUGUCGCUAAGACCAGCAUGUCUUCCAAAAUUAUUGGGCCUGAAUCCGAUUUUUUUGCAAAGAUGGUGGUUGAUGCUGUACAAGCUAUCAAGGCUACUUCUGAUAGAGGCGACGUUAGAUAUCCCAUUAAGUCCAUCAAUAUUUUGAAGGCUCAUGGACAGAGUGCCAAAGAGAGUUAUCUUCUUAAUGGAUAUGCUUUACCGUUAGGGAGAGCUGCUCAGGGUAUGCCAAAACGAGUGGCACCAGCCCGCAUAGCAUGCUUGGAUGUCAACUUGCAGAAAACAAAAAUGCAAAUGGGGGUACAAGUCCUUGUGACAGAUCCCAGAGAACUAGAGAAAAUUCGUCAACGGGAAGCAGAUAUUACUAAAGAGCGCAUUGAGAAAAUGCUCAAGGCAGGGGCAAAUGUCAUCCUUACUACCAAGGGCAUUGAUGAUAUGGCUCUAAAGUACUUUGUGGAGGCCAAUGCUAUUGCAUUGCGACGCGUAAGUAAGGAAGAUAUGCGUCACAUUGCCAAGGCCACUGGUGCAACCCAGGUGCUUACUUUUGCGGAUAUGGAAGGAGGUGAGACAUUUGAUGCUUCUCUACUGGGAACGGCGGAAGAAGUUGUGGAGGAGCGAGUAUCUGAUGAUGAUGUCAUUCUUGUUAAGGGUGCCAAGAGUUCAAGAGCAGUAUCAAUUGUGUUGAGGGGAGCCAAUGACUGUAUGUUGGAUGAGAUGGAACGCUCUAUUCAUGAUUCAUUGAGUAUUGUCAAGCGUACACUGGAAUCUAAUACUGUGGUUGCAGGAGGAGGGGCAGUGGAGGCAGCCUUGUCAGUGUACUUGGAAAAUCUAGCAACUACGUUAGGAUCUCGAGAGCAACUUGCUAUAGCUGAGUUUGCUGAGGCUCUACUUGUUAUUCCAAAAGUUCUUGCUGUGAAUGCAGCGAAGGACGCAACAGAGUUGGUUGCUAAACUUCGUGCAUACCACCACAGUUCUCAAACGAAGGCUGACAAGCAGCACCUUGCUGGAACUGGAUUGGACUUGAUCAAGGGAGUGGUGAGAAACAACAUCGACGCUGGUGUAGUAGAGCCAGCCAUGAGCAAAGUUAAAAUUAUUCAGUUUGCUACCGAAGCUGCAAUCACAAUCCUUCGAAUCGAUGAUAUGAUCAAAUUGUUCAAGGAGAACGAUGGUGAAGAGUAAGCAUUCCCUCUAGUAUAGUCGGGAUUAGUUGCGCGUCCUGAGAGUAGGAUCUGCUAAAGGGAAGUUUCGGAUGUAAGUGUGAGCUUUGUCACAACCGAAGGGCUUGGAAUUUUCCAACUAAGAAUUAUCAAUGGAGUCGUGACUCGGAAUUAUAGAGUGUUCAACACUAAAGCAGUGUAAAGAUUGAGAAGAUCAGCGACAAUUAGUGGAUGAUAAUGUGGAAAGUUGGAAUGAAGGCCAUAGUGCACCACACGGUUUCGUGUUUACAAGCCCAGUUAAAGGUCAAACAGGUAUCACAGUCAUUAUUUUUAAUUGGAACUCCUUUUAAAGGUCUCUUUUCUUUUUGCGA